GUGCAGACUAAUCUUAGCAGACAGGUGUUAAGAAGCUCUGCAACUGUCAUCAUGUCCAGGGAAAAAGACACUGAGACCACCAAUGAAAGCAGACCACCUGUCACUUAUUUAGUGGCCUUGAAUGAUAAGUUGCAGAUGAAUGCAGACAAAGUGGAGAGGAACAUCAUUGAGACACAACGUAAUCUCAACAGGGAUAUCAAAAUGAUUAAUGAAGGGAGGCAGCCCAUAUACCAGGAGGACAUCGACAGGACAAUUCUGAACUCACUGGAGCAGCUGAAUUCUCUGGAUCGAGAUGCAGCCGAAGCCUCUCGUUUGCAGCACCCUCAUUCUGAGAUGAUUGAAAAGGAUAUUAAACAGCUGCGAAAGCGUGUGAUGAAGCUCCAUGAGGAACAUGAUCGCAUUUACCAUUUCGCACGAUCGAAGAAGUUUUCCAGAAUCACCCGGGGAAAGAUGGUUGCUGAGAAACUGGAUGAUUCUGAUUGGGAAGUUAAAAUACCUUCAGAGGACACAACUGAUGCAAAUAUCAAGUACAGUGUCAGCUCCUCUGAAGGGCAGCAUGAAUGUUUAGAGACUGGCCUCCGCUGGCGGUCUGACAGUGAUGUCAGUCUGGAGUAUCGAUUUGUUGACUGGAAAUCACUCAGUAAAGAUAUUAUGAAGAAAUACAAACCAUGUGGACCUUUGAUGGACAUCACUGUAACCUCUGGCACACUGGAGGAAAUUCAGCUACCUCACUUUGUCUGUGUAGAUUUUGAAUCUUCCUCAGAUGAUGCAGUGAAAGCUCUUCAUGUAAAGGACGAAUAUCUCCUCUCAACCUUCAUGUGUACCUGAUUUUAAAGGAUAAAAGACUUAAGAAGAAAGUGGAGGAGAAGGAGACAAAUAAUAUGGAGAUUUUAAAACCAACUCCAGAUGAAGCCCUUAAAAUCGAUGACAGUUACACCCUGAAGACAUCUUGUGGCUCCAAAAUCAAACCUUCGAGUUUAAAAUUGACACCCAACAAGACCAACUUCUUUGAUUUACACAUUCAAGAUGCAAAUGAACCAAUUGAACUCUGUAUAAUGACAAAAGAGGGCCAACAAAUAUGGGAAGUUAAUAUAGAAUCAGAUGAAUUCAACACAAACAGUUCAGUAUCUGAAUGGAGGCAGACGACCACUUAAACCAUUACUAGAUCCUCGUUAAUUUUGCAAUGGAUGCGCCGCCUGUUAGAGACUAUGGGACACUCAGCUCGCGCUCGUUUUGAAACGCCUCUUCUGCCAUCCACAAGUGAGCUGAUGAGACUUCGGCUCGGUCGCACAGCUCAGGGGCACGAUGCUGGUCUGACAGGUCAUGAGUCUGCAGAGACUGACACAGCACAGAAACAAGAAAGAUGCAAAAAUGGUGAAGGCGCUGAGUUUGUGGAGAAGCACAGGACAGAGUUGAUCAGACGGGUCUCACUGGUGGAGCCCAUUGCAGACGACAUGAAACCUCUGAUUGGUGAUGAAAAAUACCAAACCAUCUUAAACUCAGAAACACCACAAGACAAAAUGAGAAAGCUUCUGAACUUUCUCACAACAACUAAACUGAAAGAUAAACUUUACCAAAGUCUUUUAAAAAAUGAGCGCUUCCUUGUUGAAGAGUUGGAGUAUUCUGAGUAGAUGCUCUUCCAAGCAUCAGAAGAAUUAAUUCAUUAUGGUUCAUUAUUAUUU